AAACGCAAUACUAAUCGAGUUUAUAAAAGCAGUUUCAAGAACAGUUGUGUUCGUCGUACAUCAAUGCAGAUUUCGAGCUUGUAACAAGUUGAUUGGCCAAUUUCCUGGCCGGCUGAAAGAAGAGUUUCAAAGAGAUAUCACACAUUUGAUCAAACGGGAUAUUUCUAGUGUUUGAUGCCCCAGAUCGCUCUCUCUCAAGAUACUUUGUCUAAUUCUGAACGCUCGCAGUAAUCCUACAUUUGGGGUGAAAGUAUCAACGCGAGGGGGCAAAUUUGAAGACUUCCCGGGUCACUCCCUAUUUCAAGGACUGACACCAUAAAAUACUUUCGAUUUAGCUUUCGACAUUGCCCUCAUCAUCAACAAGCUACUCCCACCUUUGUCAUCCAGUUCGCGAAGAUGCCUUCCACUAAUGAGAAAGAAACGAAGAUAGAGGGCGCUUCACCAGUGAUCUACAAAGGAAAAGAAGAUCAUGAUAUUCCCCUCGUCGUUCUGACUGUGCUCAUGGUCAUCAUCUACUGCGUAUCUCUUGUUAUUCCAAUCUCCGAGCAAUGGGGUUGGUUGCCGACGUCGCAAAAGAACGUCUCCGAUGCACAUCCGACCGAGGUCACCCCACCUGUAUGGGCGUUCCUUAUCUGGAUCAUCAUAUUCAUAUGGCAGAUACUAUGGCUCAUCUACGCUCUCGUCAACCUCUGCCGACGAAACGAACACGGUCCCGUCUACCUCAACCCACCGAUCAUCAACAUGCACUUCGUUGUCGCGUACCUGGCAAGCCUGGUCGCCAUCAUUGCCUGGUAUUUCAUUUGGGCUUAUUCCAUCAUCUGGGGAUCGGCAAUAGUGAUCGCAAUUAUUCCGGUAUCUGUCGGGACUUGCAUUGCUAUCCUUACUCGUGGACUCGUCCGCUACAAAGAUAACUUUUCAAGUCGACUUGAUCUUUGGAUAUACCGUAUUUUAGUCCUCAACGGACUAGCUAUCUUUGGGACCUGGACCUCGCUCGCCACGCACAUCAACAUCGCUAUGGUCUUCAUCUACGAUUUUGGCACGAGUAUCAACGUCGGCUCCACCAUCGCACUCGUCCUCCUCCUCAUCAGCGUCAGCUUGUACGCAUUCCUCGAUCUUUUCUUAUGGGAUCGCUAUCUUCGAUUCAACCUCCUCUCCUUCCCCGUGGUAAUCUGGGCAGUAUCGGGCGUCAUCGACAAGCGUCAGGACGAAGUCGAUUUCAGCGUCGAUGCAAAUUUUAUUCUUGCCGCCAUUUUGUUGUCUGUAGGUGUUCUUGCGUUCAUUCUAAAGAUUGUUUUACUUAUCGUUCGCUCUGUACAAGAGAGCAAACGGCACAUCGUCUAAAAAAAUUAACCUGAAGAUGCAAUAAGUUUUUGAUUAAUUAAGACGUGAUUAUAAUGCUAAGAACUGUUUGUGGCAAUGGUCGCUAUUACUCGCGGGCCGGCACAAAUUUCAUUCUCUCAAAGAACUCAAAUACUGACGUAAUAUCCACACGCCACUUUGCAUACAAAAUUAAUGUAUUCUUUAGACAUGUUAUAUUUGCGUGACAUUGACUUUAAUAUCUGUAACAUCCACGUCAAGAUGAUAGGUAGAUUUUAUCAAAUAUACGUAGCAUAUUGUAUAGUAGUGUAAUGAAGACUAUUACAACAUCGAGUAUUUAUUUCAUGAUUAUUGUAUUCAUUAUUUCAACAUGAGUCAACGACCAAAGACCAUCUUUCUUUCAUGAAAUAAAUGUCAAUAUUCUUUGUUUUACAUUUCUCUUCCUGUUCCAAAUGAAAAAAUAACGAAAACGACAGAUUGAUUAUUCUCCAUUUACAUGAUUUAGCUGAUGUAGCUAACUAACCCUACACUGUAAAAACGCCGUUUAAAUUCUAAGCAAGUUGUUUUAGCCCGUCACUCUAACAAAUGUUGUUUUAACUUUUUAAGCAACUGUUUAAACUUUUUUGUUUAAAAAGUUUAAACAAUUACACAAAAAAUUUAAACAAUUUGUUAGAGUGACAGGCUUAAACAACGUGCUAUUUGUUUUAUUGUGUAACUCGAUAGAAGUCCUCAUUUUGUAUAUAGUUAUCUGUGCAUUUUCCCCCCCAGAAUGCAACAUAACGACUUAAAGGGAUGCUCCGGGCUGAACAUAUUUAUAUCUAAACAAAUAGAGCAAAAUGAUAAAAAUUUCAUCAAAACCGGAUGACAAAUAGCGAAGUUAUGGCAUUUUAAAGAUUUGCAAUAUUAUUAUCAUGUACCGUCUUCUUUAGCCAUUGAUGAUCACGGCGAUGUUCUCGAGCAAUUAUUAUUAUUGUAUGGCGGACUCUCGUUUGAAUUCACUAAAAAUUGAAGGAACUCAAUUAAAUGUCUGCCAAUUUUAUAUUGAUAUGAAUAUGGACGAUACGUAUUCCUCUUUCCUUUCUCCUCUAUAAUGUUAUUCAUGAGUUUUUCUCCGGCCAUUGCAUACAGUUAAAAAAAACAAGUGCACACCUAGUUACCAGGAAUGCAUAUAGCAUUUCCAUUUAUUUGAAUGCAGGAUAAAAGAACAUUCUCGAUUAAAUACCUCGCUCACGGACAUAAGUGCCGCGGCUGGUUAUCGAACCCGGACAUUCCAUGUAUAGUCAGGCGCCAUAGACCACUCGGCUACGGCACCUCAUCCAGUGGUCUUCUUGUACAGAUGUAUACAAUCCGAUUUUGGAACAAAAGGGUCGCAAACCAAUCGUAGUGUGUACCGUGGACAUUAGCAUAGUAUGUCGCUGCAUUUUUGUUAACUGAACUAUAUACCUCUUGUUUUAAUUAUGUAUAUAUUUUCAUCGUAGAUACAAUUAAGUUGCCAUAAUAUCAUGAUUAUUGUAAGACUAAAUUUCUUAUUUUAAUAAAUGUUGAAUUUCCUGCUCAUAAUGAGAAUACGAAAUAUAGAGACGAUGGCAAAUCGGUUUUAAUUGGUA